AUUUUCCGUUUGCUGUUGUCAGUUUCAAAGCUACUCAGAUAAAUAACAAUCAACAUGGUAUUAUUGAAAGGAGUUUUCUUGGCGUCGGAACCGUUUUUUCACUGAUCUGAGGUGGAAAGAGAUAAAAAAACAAACAAAAUUUUAUUGAUUUGUCAAAAUAUUAAUUGUCAUCCUUGUAAACUAUGAAGAAUUAUAUUGUUCUAGUAAGCUGCUAUCAGAUAUUUAUUUUAAUAUAUCUGAUAGAACUUCCAAAUGCAAAAGGUAAUAUUACUGGAAAAAAUGUUCAAGGAAAAAAAGAUGCUGCCGAAGGAUGCUUCUGCAAGUUAUCUGGCACUGUAGAUGAUUGUGAAUGCAAAGUAGAAAAUGUUGACUUUUUCAACAAUCUUCGAAUACAACCAUUAUUGCACGAGAUUCUUCAAACAGAUUACUUCAGAUAUUUCAAAGUAAAUUUGAAUAAAAAAUGUCCUUUUUGGUAUGAUGAUCAUCAAUGUUCUUUGAAAGAUUGUGCUAUAGACAAAUGUAAAAUGGAUGAAAUACCUAUUGGUUUGAAAGAAAGCAGCCAUCAGGAUACUAAGGAAAAUAAGUAUUCAGAAAAGGCCAAUUCAGAAGAACACACAUGUGAAGAAAAAGUAAAAUUGGCUGCAUUAGAUAAAACCAUCAGUGAUGAAAGUAAACAAGCUUUCCAGAGUUGGUCUGCAUUUGAUGAUGCACAGAUGACAUUUUGUGAAAUUGAUGAUGAAUUAUCAUCAGAAAUGGAAUAUGUUGAUUUGCUACUGAAUCCUGAAAAAUACACCGGUUAUAGAGGACAUUCACCUCAUCGUAUCUGGAACAGUAUAUAUGAUGAAAAUUGUUUCAAACCUAACCCAACUUAUGCAUAUGGUUCACCACAACUAAAAGCAGGCGAUCAAUUAGAAGGAAUUUGUCUUGAGAAAAGAGUUUUCUACCGCAUGAUUUCUGGACUUCAUACAAGUAUCAAUAUACAUUUGUCUGCAAAAUACUUAUUUCCAGAUACUGUUUACAAACCUAGCAGAUGGGGCAUGAAUGUAAAAGAAUUCAAGCAAAGAUUUGACCCAGAAACAACUGCUGGACAAGGCCCACAAUGGUUGAAAAAUCUGUAUUUUACUUAUUUAGUUGAACUAAGAGCCAUUGCAAAAGCUUCACCUUACUUAGAAAUGGAAUCAUUCUACACUGGUAAUGAAACAAACGAUCUUAAGGUGAAAAAUGAUAUAAAAAAAUUUUUGGAUGCUGUGCGAUCAUUUAAUGAUCAUUUUGAUGAAAGCAAACUUUUCCAGGGAGAUUCUAUACAAGCUAAAAAACUUAAAGCUCAAUUUCAAAUUCAUUUCCGAAAUAUAUCUCGAAUAAUGGAUUGCGUUGGUUGUGAUAAAUGCAAAUUAUGGGGGAAAUUACAAGUUCAAGGAAUGGGAACUGCAUUAAAGAUUUUAUUCUCUGGUAAUUCUAUUGGACCUAAUUCAGUCGUGAAUGCUAACAAAAAGAAUAACUUCCAGCUUCGAAGAACAGAAAUUGUUUCAUUAAUAAAUGCAUUUGGCAGAUUGUCAGAGAGUAUAAAGGAAUUGAACACAUUCAGAAAUACAAUGAUGUAAUUACAUCAUUGUGAAAUUUCCAUUUAACUGUGAUAAUGCUAAUUCUAUUCAUCCAAAAAAAAAAAAAAGAAAAAAGACUGUUAAGCUAUAUUUUUU